AUGGAGAUAAAAAAACAUACUUUAAACUAUAAUAUUAAAGGCUAUGAUGAAAAAAAAUUACAAAUUGAAGAUUUAAUUGAUUUAACUAAUUCUAUUAUAAUUGAAGAUUAUAAAGCUGACAAUUUGGAAAACAAUAAUAAUUACAUGGAAGGUUGUAGAAAUUUACAUUUUUGUAUUGAUGAUAUUGUAAAAGAAGCUUUAGAAACUACAGAGCAAUAA